AUGGAUCAACCGAUGGACAUGGAGAUGGAGAAGAAGGACGCGUCGUCGGCGCUCCAGAGGAGCCUCUCCGCCGUCACCUACUACUGCGGCGCGUGCGGGUACGACCUGCGCCUGCGCUCGUCGGACCGGAACACGGCGGGCAUCGUGGGCGGCAGGUACGGACGCGCAGCGCGGCGCGGGGUGGUGGCCUUCGACGCCAUCGACGACGCGCGGUUCGGCCACACCGACGAGUUCCGCUGCGUCGACGUGCGCGCGCGCAGGCUCUUCGUGCGCCGCACCCGGCUCCUCUGCCGCAAGUGCGGCGCCACCCUCGGCUUCGGCUACGACGACCGCGGCCGCGGCGCCGACGGCAGCAAGUCCCCGCGCUACGACAUCAGGAUCCACGCGCUCCAGCCUCUGGCCGACGCCGACGACGGCGACGGCACGGCCGCCUAGCCGCCCGCGCCGUCUG